AAAGAUGCAUGCGUAUGUUUAAGGAUAAAAUGAGGGACUAAAAUGUUUUUAUCUGCAGCGAAGUUUGACACGGUGUGUGUUUCUUUACCCUGUGUUGGAGCUAUUAAUCCACGGCCACACCCCUGCGCCUCUUCUACCCGACGCCCUCUGGAUAUUUUUAGCCCCGAUGAUGGUUCCUCACGUGGCACGUAACAGACACAAAAGGUAGCAGCAACACAACACCCCCUCACCUUUCCUAACCUGCACCGUGGUGUCGGAGCCACAGAAGGAAUCAGCUGGGAUGCAUUUGGAAUUUUGCUUCUUACUUCUUCUUUUUUCGGCUUCAUCCCAGACUGGAGGUCAAAUUGUGGCUCUGCCUCCCGCCACCACUCCGUCUGCCUGGUUGCCUCCUACUGGUACCUCGGGGGUUUCUGACCUGAUGAAAGGUCCUGUGAAUGACGUCGAACAUCAAAGACAAGAUCAAGGAGAUGAUACCACAAGCGUAGCAAACACUGAAAAGACUAUUUUGAGGACGAGUGUUCCCAUGAUAACAAGAUCUACAGAAAUUACGUCUCAACCUGCAGCAGGCUCUCUUUUCACAACAGCACAGUCUGGAACACAAGCAGCUACUCCACACAGCAUUUCACCCACAUACGCAGCAGAGGGCAGAGCGGCCAUGACCAAACAUCCUGUCAGUACCUUUUCAUCCCAGAAUGCAAACACCACCACCGCGCCUCAGUCAGUGACGUCAUGGAGAAAAACAACCACAGCGGGACCCCUGACCUCCCGUGCAGGCCGAGACCCUGCUGGGCCACAGCACCUGGAGGUCCAACCUGGACUUAAUGUAGGUGAAGAAGAACUCAAAAGAGUUCAGUGGAGUUCCCACACUUCCCUGGACCCCCUCCUUGCGGGACUGCUCUCAGUCUUCAUCGUCUCCACUGCAGUCGUCUUCAUCGUCCUCUUUCUGCGCUUCCGCCAGCGGACGAACCACCCGGAGUUCCAUCGCCUCCAGGAUUUUCCCAUGGAUGAUUUGAUGGAAGACACCCCCUUCUCCGGAUACGCUUACUGAGGUGCGGCCGGUCUCACUUCUCGGCUGGCAAUAACAAAUCCCAAAAGGUGGAAUGGUGUGCAGAGUCUUCGUCAAAUGUGUUCCUGAAAGUCAGUGAUGGCAGUGUAAACAGAACCGGUUACAGACUGUAGAGGCGUAAUUAAUUCAUUUUCUUCACAUUUUAUUUACAUUUCCAUUGCAUUAUUUAAAAAAAAAAGGGCACACAGCACUUUAAUGUGAUGUUAAUUGUCGUAAUAUAGCCACCCAGGGCUGUUGCUAGGAAUUCUGGGAUCCCUAAAAGAGUACUGUUGUGGGUGUCGAACUGGUUUUCAUUGGGGGCCCACAUCGCAGUUAUAGCUGCCCACAGAGGGCCGCUUGUAAUUAUAUAUUUUUACGUACACUGUCAGAAAAAUAUGUAGAUUUUAGAGUAAAGUUUAGCUGCCGAAAUUUUACCAUAAAAUGUAUUUUUUUAUUUUUACAAUGUACACUGUAAAUGUAAAUGGCAAAACAGUACCUCUGUUUUACUGUAAAACCUACGGUCGUUUUUACUGUUGAAUUACUGUAGAUGAAAAAAAUAUAUAUUACACAUUUUUUGGUUGUGUUUUUACAGUAAAAAUCUAUUAGUGUUUUUUUUUACUGCAAAAUAAGUUUUACAUUGUACAAUUUGAUGGAUAAAUUGCUUCAAAAUCA